CUAUUUUCUCUCUUUGAUCUCCUUCUGGUCUUUGCAGCUCGAAGAAGAAGAGAAUCAAAAUGCCUUUCAGUGAAUCAUUUAACUCGCCAAGGGUUAAUGUCUUGGUUGAUAUGGGCCACCCCUUUCUCAAUCGCACCCUUGAUGGUUUCAUCAAGAUCGGCUCUGUUGCAGUGACAAAGGUGGCAUUGGAAGAAACAUUUGAUAUGCUCAAAGGAGGGAGCAUUUCACAAAACAAAGCUAAGAAUGCGUUAAAGAAGAUGUGUAAAGAAGGUGUUUACUAUGGAUCCAUUGGCGGAUUAUAUGUAGGCAUGGAAUAUGUUGUUGAGAGGAUCUGUGGCACAAAAGACUGGAAGAACGCAAUGAUCGGAGGUGCAUUGACAGGGGCGCUCAUAUCGGUGGCAAGCAACAAAUCCGGAGACCAUAUUAUUAAGGAUGCCAUCACUGGAGGCGCAAUCGCUACUGCUUCAGAAUUCAUCAAUCACAUCCAAUAGAAACUACUUAUCUGCUUAUUCUUCUUCUACUUCUAGUCUUUGUUCAAUAAACAAUAACAAAGUCUUUUGGCAAGUGAGAUUCAGCAUUUAUUGAAAAUGAAAUCUAGACUUUUGGCUA